CGGCCCAAUGUUUUGAGUAUCUGGGACCAGCGUUUUGAGUGUGUGAAUGCGGUGGUCAACUGCUUUGAGUGUUGUUUCAAGCGUCUUACUUACCUUGAAAUUCGGGUACUUAAGAAUCGGCGUUUUUCCGCUCAAUCCGCCCUCAGUUCCACAUAUAAGUACUUGACUCUUUCGCCGCUCUUGAACGAAAGAUAGAGCCGAAGGAGCAUGAACGUAGGCGCGCCCCGACGGGGCAGCUUGCAUUGCGUAGGCCUGGGGCCGCCGAUGGACGGACGACGCGCCGGGGGCUCUGGUAUAGCGGAUCUUAUCUACCGCAGCAUUUUGAUAUUAAUUGAAUUUAUUGCUUGCUUCUCGACGUUUUGUUAUAUUUAUAAACCUUUGCUAGUCUGGAAGAUGCCUCUGCACUGAGUUUGGUGCUCUGUCCGUGUGAUGCUUCGGGAGUUUGAGUUCGACGCUAUCAAUCUGUCAAAUGAAAAAUCGAAACAAAUUAAUCAGGGCCGAGCGCGGUAUAAUUGGGGGCCCAUACCGGAGGGGGUUGGUCGCCUGCUGCUUCUGGUGCGCCGACGGUCUCCAAGCGCAUUAGGACAAGCCUGAGCGUGGCCCCUAUAGCUUGCUCUUUGAUGCGCAGGCCGAUCCGCAGCCGCAACCUUGCUGCGGUUGUGAGAUGGCUCUACACUCGCAAGGCCCUCCAGAUUAGCGGCGCCAAUCGGGGAGGCCUGUCCACCCGCUGGGGCUUGUUUCGAAAGGCGGAGCGAGACAACAAGCCUCUGGCGUUAUGAGAUCAAAUUCGUGCGGGCGUGUACUUCUAUGAAAGUAAGACAUUGGCAUGCGCAAGGACGUUGGCAUGUUGUUCCUUGCAAUCGUGCGCGUCAGUCACCUCGGACGCAUUGCCUUGUGGUUAUCAAAAGCCUGAUAUUUUUCCGAUACAGGCUUGGAACUCCCGGGUUUUCAUGUUGUUUUUCGCAGACUCUUCCCUGUACCGCAUCGGGACUGCGUUUCGCCCUGUAUUGCUACGUUUAUGUAUCAUUGCAUAGAAGCAUAGAUAGAGAUGUUCUUCUUCAUGAUUUAUUUUGCAGUCCUAAACGAAUUUGGGUUGCAUACCUUCGGCUGGUGCGAGUACUGGUUGCCCAUUUGGGACGAUUGCGCGGACUGCCGGCGCGGCGCCGUGUAGCGCGCCCGGCAGUGCGCAGAGCCACCCGGCGGGCUUUGUUCUGCGCCCGGUAUGAAAAUGGCGGCGCCGGUGGGGCGGAAGCCUACCAAAGCGGCCGGGGGCCCCGCUAACUAGGGCGCGGCAGAGUUUGUUGCCGGUCCCCGCUGUUGCAUUCCAGCUCACAGAGCCGGCCCCCGCCCGGCUCCCAGCGGCCCAACGGGCCCCGGUGAACCUCACGUAGAUGCGUACGGCGCAUUGUACGCGCACGCAAUUCGCGCGCAGACUUUGCGCGCGCCGCGGACGCACGCUGCGUGCGUACGCCUUGACGUACCUUGGCCGGGGGCCCGCCGCCACGCGUAUUGAUGUAUGUCUAUGCUUUUCUGCGC